AAAGAACUCAAAUGCGGACUGCAUUCCCCAGCAUGCAGCGGAACUAGUGAACCUUGUGUGUAUGGCAGAGAGGGGUACAUGGCCAGUUUAGGGCAAUGAUGGGUUCCCUGGUGUAUCGUGGUCGGCACUGCUGGUCUGUGGUGAGCAGAGGUAGGCUGCUUAUGCCUGUUGCCCGGGGACUAUCUCAGGGAAAGGGAAGAUGUGCGGCGAAAACACAGAACAAACCGCUGAAGCAAUGGACCCUGAUUGUAAGCCCCCUGAGUGGGCUGCGGGUUCGGCUACCAUGCCAUGUGAGAGUGACACCGCAGGACCCACUCACUUACCCAGAGGCCGACCGGGUGUUUGUAACGGUUAGCGGGGUGGACCGUAAUGUUCACCGGGGGCUGGAUUUGGACAACAUUGAAGUCAAGUACGAGCAGAACUCCAGGCAGGUGUUGAUCCUGUCCCGGGACAUUGACAGCCACACCUGCGUGGAUGUCACCACCCCCGUGCGGUUCGAUGUGAACAUCAAAACCUCAGGUACUGGUUGUGUAAAUCUUAAAAAGAUUGAAUGCGACAGCUGCCACAUCGAGACAGAGAAAGGAGACAGCAUCCUAGAGUCCAUCAAGGGGCAAAACGUGCAGAUACGUACACAAGGAGGUAAAGUGGUCUGCCUGGGCACAGUCCAUGGGAAUGUGGAUAUCCAUGCAUCAGAACACAGUACAGUAGAUAUUGAGAAGUUACUUGGAACAUCUGUUAAUAUUUCUACACAAGGUGGUCACUUGAAGGCCAAGUACCUUUAUGCAGAAUCCUCCUCGAUGUCUUCAUCUGCUGGAGAUAUUUCACUGGGAAGUAUUCAUGGGGAGAUAAAAGCUCAUACGGAAGAAGGAAAUAUUACAGUAGAUUCCUCAGAUGGAUGUCUAGAAGCUUCAACUCGCCAAGGAGCUAUAGAUGUUUACAUCAGCCAAGUGGGGAAGACUCAUCUCGUAUCAGAAGAGGGGCCUAUCACUGUUAAGAUACCUGCUACUCUACAGUCUCAUUUACAACUCUCCGGAGCCAAGAUUGAUUUGAGUCCUGAAGUUGUAUUACAAGAUAUCCAGAAUAGUUCUAGAGAGGGUCAGACAACCCUAACAGCUACUAUCAAUAUGGUGGAUAAAAGUGAAAAUCUGAUCAAAGUGGAAUCAAAAAGUGGCCUCAUUGCCCUAAAACUCCAAAGCUGGGUGCAAUCACUAAAGUUGCACACAACCUGAGACAACUACUCAUAAACUGGACUUUAUAUCCACACUACUGACUUCUAUGCCGCUACAAUAAGAAAUUAAGGAGAUUCUAAAAGAAUGGUUUAUCCAAAGAGAAUCCGUCAAAUGGGUUGUUCAAUUUCACUCAUUCAUUGUCAGGAAAAGGUUUAGUAUAUUCAGGAACUUGAUAUCUCAUAUACUGAUUUAUUUUAAAUACUGUAAUUUAAAUAUAAACCACUUUUAAAUGAUUGAACGCUGCACACCCAGACUCUACAAACCCUAAAUGUUAAUAAUAAGGGUAAGAAAUAAAAAGGAUCUAGUAUUUUAUUUGUCAUCCCGUUACUAUACAUACGUGCCGGGUGGAAAAUAUUACUAGUUCAUACAGGAAAAAAUCUGUAUCUGUGCUUGGUACUUGGUAAUGCAAAUGGAUAUAGAAAGACAGAAUUGGAGACACAUAUGUUUGGUAAAUAAAAAAAACUAAAGCUUGUUUACUAUA